ACAAGGAAAAUGUCACCCACGAUACAAGGCUUCUUGUUAUUAUUUCUGUUUGGCUACAAAGCCACAGUGGGAUUAUCAUCUACAGAGGAUGAAGGUGAAGGCCCCUGGGACCAAAAGCCAUGCAAGUGUGAUUGCCAAGGAGGGGCCAAUGGUCUGUGGUCUGCAGGUGCCAUCUCCUUAGACUGCAUCCCAGAAUGCCCAUAUCACAAACCCCUGGGUUUUGAGUCAGGGAAGGUCACACCAGACCAGAUUACCUGCUCCAACCCAGAGCAGUAUGUGGGCUGGUAUUCCUCAUGGACAGCAAAUAAGGCCCGGCUCAACAGUCAAGGAUUUGGGUGCGCCUGGCUCUCCAAGUUCCAGGACAGUAAUCAGUGGCUGCAGAUAGAUCUGAAGGAGAUCAAGGUGAUUUCGGGCAUCCUCACCCAGGGCCGCUGUGACAUUGAUGAGUGGAUGACCAAAUAUAGCGUGCAGUACCGGACCGAUGAGCGCCUCAACUGGAUUUACUAUAAGGAUCAGACUGGAAACAACAGGGUUUUCUAUGGAAACUCAGACCGGAGUUCCACAGUCCAGAACCUGCUGCGGCCCCCCAUCAUUUCCCGCUUUAUCCGACUGAUCCCACUGGGCUGGCAUGUCCGCAUUGCCAUCCGGAUGGAGCUGCUGGAGUGUGUCAGCAAGUGUGCCUGACUCCCACCCUAGCACAGGCCUGCCAGCGAGGG